CGGAAGAAGUCGAGCCCGAGACAUUUCCGGUUCCGGUGUCAGUUCGAGGCGCCGCCGCCGCCGCCGCAGCUCCCGGAGCCGCGAUGCCUAAAGGAGGGAGAAAGGGAGGCCACAAAGGCCGGGCAAGGCAGUACACGAGCCCUGAGGAGAUCGACGCACAGCUCCAGGCUGAAAAGCAGAAGGCCAGGGAAGAAGAGGAACAAGGAGAAGAAGGUGGAGAUGGGGCUGCAGGUGACCCCAAAAAAGAGAAGAAAUCCCUAGAUUCAGAUGAGAGUGAGGAUGAAGAAGAUGAUUACCAGCAAAAGCGCAAAGGCGUGGAAGGGCUCAUUGACAUCGAGAACCCCAACCGGGUGGCACAGACAACCAAAAAGGUCACACAGCUGGACCUGGACGGGCCCAAGGAGCUUUCGAGGAGAGAACGAGAAGAAAUCGAGAAGCAGAAAGCAAAAGAGCGUUACAUGAAAAUGCAUUUAGCUGGGAAGACAGAACAAGCCAAGGCUGACCUUGCCCGGCUGGCGAUCAUCCGGAAACAACGGGAGGAGGCUGCUAGGAAGAAAGAAGAGGAGAGGAAAGCAAAAGACGAUGCAACUUUGUCAGGAAAACGGAUGCAGUCACUCUCCCUGAAUAAGUAGCACGGCCUGUGGCAAGAGAGACCAGGGACCUGGGCCGUGCUGCCAGCACCGCUGCCGUGUCUCGCCCACCCUGUGCCCUGGCGCUGCUGCAGCAGCCCCUCACGACGAGGAGCCCCCCACGGCCUGGGGCCUCCUCUUCAUCUUGGCACAGAAAUCGUUUGGGGGGAUGGUGGGU